AUGGCAGAGCCAAGUUCAACUAACAACAAGUCAUCAAAGAAGCGAUUGGCGUCAGGUAGUGCCGCCAAGUCUGCGCCCACGGAUGACGACUGGAUUAUGAUCGUUCAAGAUGAGAUCCUUCAUGACGAACCCGAAAAUGCCCCCGCCUAUGAGGUGUUGCUCGACACUCUUGUCGACAAUGGUUACAUUUUGAUGGACGAGUAUAAGACGGUGAAUACUGCAAAGGCCUCCGGAGACGACCUGAGGGAGCAGCCAGUCGUGAAUUAUAUCAUGGGCACGAUCCAGAUUGGGCUUCGGCCCAAUGAUGCAAAGCAGAUUGUCAUGGAAUCACACUCCCUUAUUCUACAGGUAUUGGCUGAGAGGUCGGCGAAAGAAAGAGGAAAGAGGUGCGACGGCAAGCUGAAGGAAAGCGACGCAUCAUCGGUAGAUUGA